CGUAUUUUAUUAGUGUAAUGUAACCUAUAAGUAAGUUAUAGAUAUCAUCGCCACACUAUACUACACACUAUACGUUUACAAAAUUAAUUUAAAAAAGAAGAUAUUUCAUUGCUGGGAAUUAGAUUGAUAACAACUAUGGCAAAUUCCAAAAUAAGAGAAAUACCUGGACAAGAUUACGAGAGCGAUUAUUACGUCAUGAGAAAACCACCACUGGUCAUCUUCUUAGCCCAGGACCAUCCAAUAGGGACAACUGAGAAUGCUAAACUCAAAGCGAAGGUCACAAACGAGGAAUCUAAACUGUUUAAUGUUGACGUAGACAUAGAUAUGAAACUGUUGGACGAAUUUUUCAGGGAGCAAUGUCAAAAGCCCCCAAUAGUAAUGCGCCUGGUAAACCGUUCUCACGAUGAAAUACGAAAGCGUUUCGCUAAAAUCGAAGGGAGUAACUAUGAUGCAUUCUUCUUCAUCUUCUUAUCUUACCUGUGUACGACCGAACGUGGCAAGCAAGGAAAGCUUCCAUGCAUCAAAGUAGAAUGCUUGGACAGCGCAGUACCGAUUGAAGAGUUCAUGAACAUGAUUAAAGGACGCCCUGACAUGGCUCUGAAGCCAAAAAUAUUCCUCUUCCAAGCGGACGAUCGAGAUCUGCUGAAACCGUGGAUUAUAAAAAAAGGCAAACCCGAAGAUGUCGUCUUUCGGUCAGUUAAGGUACCAACAGACGCUGAUCAGCUAAUGCUGUUGUCUACUCUCCCACAAGAUUUACCCUCUCUUAAGAAAUCUUUCUCUGAGGCCGUACCGACUGCCUCCGAAGCUGGUGGGGUCGUGAGUCAACCGAGUGGUAGCGAUGAAAAGGUCGUGGUCAAGCAAGAACCUUCCUUGCUAAUUAGAGCGUUUGUCGAGGUUUUGAAAGCAAACAAGGAUACGGAUGUCUUAUGUUGCACGCCUCUGAUAAAUGGAAAAGUCGAUGAAAUGAUAGCUUCGUUGGAUCUUGAAGAUUAUAGAGCGGAAAAGGUCCAGAAGCUACAAGUGCCUCUUGUGUACUCCACCUUAACAAAGAAAAUCAAAUUCUACGGCGAAAGAGAUUUUCCGCUUGGACUUUAAAGGGGCCUUUUCACAGAUUUUGGCGUGUUCUAAAGUUUGUCAUUAAAUGCUUUAUAUUUAUAAAUGUAAACAUCGGAUCUUAAAAGCUCCAGUAAAAAAUCAAGAAUAAAAUGUAAAAAAAAAGAAAAAAAGUAAACCUCAGAAGGGCUCGAACCACUGACCCCUGGAGUCCUGGAGUAAAAUUUUUACGACCCAGACACAAAAAAAAUAUAGCAAAAACAACAGAACUCUCCAAAUUAAUAAUUCGUUUCGUGUUGCAACGCUUUAUAAUUUUCAGGUUUUUAAAUCGUCAAAAGAUGCAUAUAAAAGCUAAUUUAGAGCAGGUUUAAUGUUCAGUAUUACUGUUUCAUCACAAAUAUCAUAACUUAAACGAAAAUUUGCGAAUCUGAAACAAUCUUUUGUCAAUUUUGUCAAUUUACCCAAACGUGAUUAGGCUCCUUUAACAUAUUAUAAGCAAAAUGAAGCAAUUUAAAUCUUAAUAUAGCAUACGGAUCUGCCAUUUAUUGAGUUCGACCAAUUGACUGUGCAUGGUUAACAAAUGUGUGCCGAGCAAAUUAAGUAUAUACUAAGUGACCCCAGGUAGUGUGUAUAUGCUAUUGUUCCGUAUUUUUUUUUUGAUAUAAAAUUAACUUGAAUAACAAACUACAAUGGACAUUUUUAAAAUAAACAAUUAACGUCAUUCUCAUUCGCGUAACAGCUUUAUCACGGCAAUGCUGACUCCGACGUGCGUGAAUUAAUGGUAGAUAAUUUCGACAAUUUAUGCAUAUAGAACUUUAAGCUGCAAACACCUCAUACAUACAUUUUUCUACAAGAUAAUGUUCUGUCGUCAAUUGUCAUUUAUUUGUCGGGGAGAGUCUGUGCUUGCGUUUGUUUCAAUAAAUUGAACAUCAUCAUGAAAUUGCCUCUUCUUCGUUCUGGCUUUCGCUAACGACCUUUCCACUAUUGAGGCAAAAUAACCGCUUAAUAUAUUUUGUAUUGUUUUAUAUAAAGUAUUAAAUAUGUAUUCGCAUCUAUGUGUGAAGGCUACUUUUCAAGUUAUAUUGCGAAAUAGCUUUUCCUCAUUUUAAGACUUGGUGGUCGGUAUAGUGUUAAAAACGUUUCUUUUCAUAUCGGCAUCGUAAAAUUUGUGUUAUGUACCAACUUUUUGGGAUAUUAUGCAUAUUUAAUAUACAGUUUGAUCUUUUCAGCCAUAUGUAAAUGAAUGUGAACGCUACUAUGCAAAUUUUGUAUGGAUUUGUUAUGUAUAUAUUUGCAUAUUUGCAACGCGCAAGUUAAAAAAAAAUAAUCCCAGCCAGGCGAUGUCUGCUGUCCCUAAGCUUAUACAGCGUUUCUUGUGUAGAUUUUUGGGUCUGCAAGUAGUGGAUCGCCAGUGAAUUGUUCGACAAUAUUAAUUAAUAAUAAAAUAACAAUUAAUGGUUAUCGGGGUUAUAUUAUAUUAAUUAAUGGUUAUAUGUACUAUUAUAUCAUUAUUUUAUCUUAAAAUACAAAGCUAUUUGUUCAACUUUGCAAUAUGAAACUGGCAAAAUGGGAACCCUCUCCAUGCUUCAGUAUACAUUAUAAAUAUGUGUAAAUAAAAAUAUUAAUUGUAAAUAAAAUUUUCAACAUAAGGAAAAACACAUCUCAGUUUAUAUAUGUCAUUUGCUGAUAAUGAUUUUGUUUCCUAUUCUAUCUUUCGUUUCACUAUUAUACUCGCUCCUAUACAUUGGUAGCAAAUACAUAUUGCCUUUAAGUAAAUACGUUAAACUUGAAGUAACGAAACAUUUUUUUUUUGCCUAAAAUUUUAUUUUUUCUUCUCCUGUGACUUGCUAACCAUGCAACAAUUAACUGUUAUGAUAUUGCUUUUUGUAUUUUAUAAAAGUGUGUUUUGUAAUGUAUUCUGGGCAAAUUUUUGUUUUGUAUAAGAAUUUUGAGAAGUAUAAAUUUCCCUUAUUUUGCAAGGACGGUUCAAAUGCUUGGGCCUCAUUAACACGUUUUAACGUCUUUUUUCGGCGUUGUUGUAUGAAUAUAUGUGUUUCUUAAAGGAACGUGUGAACCGUAUAUUUUCGAAUGGGAAGGCAACAUAUUUAUGUUUGCAUUACAAUAGGGAAACAAGAAACUACUAUUAUUAUCUAAAUCAUUUAUGAAGGUCUGUAAUAAUCAUAUUAUGCUAGAAAUUGUUCGAUGUAUCAAAUUUGAAGAUCUCCAGUAAUAUGAAUAUAUAGUUUAGAUAGUCAACUACUGCUUAUUACAUAUGUAUGAAUGUCUUAGUUCGAGACAGAAUAUGUUUAUAUUGACCCACUUCUUCAAGAGUAAAAAAUAUAUCAUUAUUUUAUCUUUAAAUACAAAACUUUUUGUUCAACUUUGCAAUAUGAAACUGGCAAAAUGGGAACCCUCUCCAUGCUUCAGUAUACAUUAUAAAUAUGUGUGAAUAAAAAAAUCUUGAUUUUUUAAAACAUUGAAGUUUUACAUCACCUAACUUUAGUGUUUGUUUUACCGCCUUAAUGUGACAGGUUUAUUAUGUAAUGAUUUUGACGUAUUUUUGUUGAUUAAGUUAGGACGGUUAAAUUUGUUAAUGUCGGUUACAAUAUGUAAUGAUCAGUUACAAAAAUACUGAGCCCGUAUGAAAGGCAAAAUAGUACAUGCGUCUUUACUGUAUACUAUUUUCUUAUUAUAAACUAUAAAUAUGUGUGGGAACUUACUGUUCAUUGCCAAUAUUUAAAUAGUGUUUUAUUCACUUUUGCAUAAUGAGUAUUUUUAUUAAUGUAAACAAAUCAUGGAACAUUUCGUUUAAAGACACAAAAUAUUUGCGAUUCAACAUUACAAAUGGAAAUCAUUUUAUUUUAAAGAUGGCAGAAGAAGUUGUUUUCAGUUCAUAUUUUAGGCUGAAGCGCGACAAGCAAUAACUCAACUUAAUGUUCUCUAGAUACACUGCUUAUAGCAUGAACGAGUUCUAAGAAAGGAGAAUUAAUUUGAUAUUCAAUAUGUCAUUGAAAGAUAUCGGUAAUAUUAUUUAUUCAUAACGUAUAUAUUGAGUAUUUAUGACCAUAUUAUGCAUUUGUUUAAUAUUUUAUGACACAUUUUAUUAUCCCCCGCCAUCGGUGGAGGGAUUUUGUUUUGGCGUUGUCCGUCCGUCCUUCCGUCCGUCCGUCCGUCCGGAGCCAUAUCUUGGAAGUGCUUUGGCGGAUUUCAUUGAAACUCGGUAUUAGUAAAUAUAUAGAUAACAGAAUGACGCACGCCAAAUGGCAUCGUAAACCAUUUGUUAAUAACGGAGUUAUGGCCCUUUGUAAUUUGAAAUAAUGCUUUAUUGUUUGUCCGGAGACAUAUCUUAGAAGUGCUUUGGCAGAUUUCAUUCAAACUUGGUAUGAGUAUAUAUAUGAAUAAGAGGAUGUUGCACGCCAAAUAACAUUGUACACCAUCUGUUAAUAACGGAGUUAUGGCCCUUUGCAUCUUGAAAAAUGCUUUUUUGAGUGUCAAAUAUAAAAAUAUAAAUACAUAUAUAUUUUUGUGUCCAGAAGCAUAUUGGCGGGGGAUAUCAAUUCAACGAAUUCGCUUGUUGUUAAGGCGUUCUUUACUGUCUCCUAUAAAAUCACACCCUUUUAACUUAAAAUAAAUAAAUGCGAAAACAUCA